AUGUUAGAUGAAAUUCAUAGACAAGAACGUGAAGAGAUGGAAAACAAGCUUGAAGCAAAAGACAAAAGCCUUCAGAAAAGAAUACCACGUUCGGUACCAAAAGGAAAGGAAAAGAACUAUAAGUAUAUGAUUUAUACUGAAGAGAUGGAGAAAGAAGAAGACAGAGAUAUGGUUAUGUUGCAUUUAGUCAGAAGAAACAACAAAAGCUUUUACGACCUUGCUAAGAUUUACAAAUCUGACAGAAAUUGGUUCUAUCGCGAAAACUUACCGAUUUCAAUGACACCAAAUGAAGAUGUGAAACAAAUAGUUCAAGAUACGUUACCUCAAACACACUAUGAUAUUAAAGGUUGUACAAUACUUACCUUCAAAGAAGAUUUGCCGCUACUGAAAGAAAAAAUAACAGAGUAUUUUGACAACUUCAAACAAGUAGAGUAG